GGGCGUGGCGGCGGUUUGCUGCGUUUCAGGGAUUUUCCCCGCUUCCCCCACCCCCCCCUCCCUGUGUGGGCAGCGUAGGCAGAGACACAGGACAAUAAGGCUGCAGCUCAUUGGCCCAUAAGGAAUGGACACUCCAUAUGAUGGAGCAGAGAUAACAUUGGUAACUGAAGAGAUCGAAGGCUGUUACAGCUGCACAAAAAACUUUUCACCUAAAAAGAAAAAGAAAUGGAAAGAUCAAAGUGAGGAUGGAGGUAAAAAAAGUAAGAAGCCCAGGCCAGCAUACUUACUGUACUAUUAUGACACUCAUUUAAAAGUGCAACAAGAUUUUCCCAAUUUGCCCCGGUCUGAAAUAAACAAGAAGAUCAGUGAAAGCUGGAGGCGACUCAGUGUUGCUGAAAAGGGUAUUUACCUUGAAAAGGCAAAGCUGGAAAAAGAAGGAAUCGAUCCGAGCGAUAAGCUAGUCAAUGCUUCAACUGGUGCCCCACCAACUGAUAUUCCAGGAUUCCGCAAAAUUCUUCCUCGUUCUAGUUAUAUCAUAAUUCCCACUUCUGGUCUACCUGGAGAUGGAAAUGGUCAACAGCUGGCUCAAUCUCCUACACCGAGGGGAGGUGAAUGCAAUCCAACAUGGCAGACUCUUACUCACGAUACUAUACAAAGCCUUUUUACAGGCCCUAUCGACAGCACUGAAGAGAGCAUUGCUAUUGAUGGAAUUACUGAUGAAGCUUUCAUUCACACUGAAACAAUGCAGGAGAUUGUUACAUCGGAGAUGCUUUCUCAAUUUUCUAAUUCUGGAGAUGACAGAGUGGCAGGAGAACUGACCACCAAUGAGACUUCUUUAGAGUUGACCCAUCCUUAUGACUCCCCUUGUGUUGUUAUCGAAGGAACAUUAAUAGGUACAGGAAGUGAUGCUUCAGAAAGUGUCACCAGCUGCACAAACCAGCAAACUAUGGAGGCUAAUCCUGUGAUGGCAGUAUUAUCGAACCAGAGCAAGCCAAGUGGGAGUCUCUCCUCUCAUAAAACUAUAGGACAGGCUGUUUGUGUUAACAACAAACAGGAUUCAGGGGAAAAUGUUCCAGCAUCAACUGCACAGUUCUUAAUGUUACCGUUGACGAGCAAACAAUCAUCAACAACUCCAACAAAAAAGCCCAUCUUUUCCCACAAGACAACCUAUACACGAAGAGGCCGUGGCAGUUGUCCAAAUCCAAGCUGUUUGUUUACAUAUGUCACAAGACACAAACCUCCACAAUGUCCAAAUUGUGGCAAGUGGCUGGGAGGGAAAUGGAUUCCAAAGGGUAAGGAACUGCAGGUAUUAAAUGUACAUGUGGAGUGUAAUCAAGAGAAGCAAAAUAAGGAAACAACAGAUGUGUCUGUCGGCACAAAAGACACAGCUCAGUCCAGUUUGGAAAGUUCACAGGCAGUGACCCAGCUGCUUAAUGUUGCUUCAGAAGAUCAAGGGGAGGAAGAACAGCAACAAAUGCAAACUAAUUGGCAGCAAACUGUACAUGUUGGACCUGAUGAAUCAGCUGCAGCAAUGUCCACUGUACAGACGGAGGAACAGGUACUUCCAGUACAGCUUUGCAACACAGCACUGACAGAUGAGCGUACAAUGGAAUCACAGUCUGAAGUUGUCGUAAAGGAGCUGGAGGUUCUAACACACCAACCUUCACAUGUCAGUAACACCGUAAUCAGUGGCUCCCAUGGAGUUAACAAUAUGAGACCAGGAUCGAGACAAGGUUUACAAGUACGACGCAGAAACAAAGCCAAAGGGCGAGCAAAAGCCAGUUUGAUGACUGGUGCUGCUCGGUCACGUCCACGUGUUAUCCUGCCAGCAACCCCAUCCAAUGCAGCUUCACAGUCUGGGGUCACCUAUAUUCGAGUGGUUACAAUGCCCGUCAAUCAAGCAGAACCAGCAGAAUCUAAUGUGUCUUCACCAAGUCAGAAAGCCAUAGCUAGAGGUUCCUUGGCAAAGAGCUUAUUGAGUUCUCCUCCUCCAUCAGGUCUGAAACCCAGCACCUUAAAGCAACUGGGACAUUCUGUUUUACAUCCAAAUUAUGAAGAAGGAGAAGAACAGACAGGAUUAAAAGCUGCCACAGAGAAUGGGUCACCUCAGGCGGGUGCAGUUUCAGUCAAAACUGUGUGUCUGACUCUUCCAAAAACAAACAAAGCCAGCGCCUUUGACCUUGGUUUGGCAACUUGCAGAGGUAAAGGACGUUGCAAGAAUCCCAAAUGUACAUAUGUCUACAUGAACCGGUACAAACCAGGAAUCUGUCCAAAGUGUGGCUAUGACUUCACAAGAGACAAACAGGAUCUAAAGCCAUCAAAACCUGUUAUAAACAGCGCACUUUCCUUGGGUCUGUUGAAUCCAGAAGAGGGGCUAACUCAGGCCUCAAAGGAUUUACAACGCCAAACUACAUUGCUACUGCUCAGGAGAACAGUUCAGAUCCCUGAGAAUGAGGCUGAACUUCAUGAAGUUUUUAGUCUAAUUCAGGAAAUGAACAGCUCAAGGUUGAUCUUAUCGACAGUAAAUGAGACCAUAACACUUGAACAAAAUUCGUGGCCAAAUUACUUUGAAUCUUCAGCCACUAUCUGUGGUUUGUGUGACAGCCAGUUGUACAAGGGUGGACAGAACUCAGUGGCUGGUCCUGAGGAAUGCUGGCUAUUGACUGAAAGCCAGUUUCAAGUGGUUAUAGUUCAGACGAAAAUCUGCUUGAAUCCCCACUGUCUUGCACUUCAUAACUUCACGGACAUCAGCUCAGGCUUAUUUAAUAUUGGAAACAAGCUUUUGGUCAGUUUGGAUUUACUGUUCAAAAUAAGAAACCAUAUCAAACUCGGAGAAGAUCCAAGGGAUGUGACUAUUCCCAUAUUGAACUCUGUCCAAAAAUUCACAGAGAAAAUCUUGUCAGACGAGCAGCUGAAUCAGCUUCAAGAGCUUCUAUGGAAUGGUUAUUGGGCAUUCGAAUCCCUCACCAUUCGUGACUAUAAUGACAUGAUUUGUGGGAUCUGUGGAGUAGCACCCAAACUCGAGGUAGCACAGAGAAGCCCUGAGAAUAUUCUUGCACUGAAAAACGUUGAGUUUACAUGGCCUGACUUUCCUACCUCAGAUGAAGUAAACGUGGAGGAUUUUUGGUCUACAAUGGAGAAUGAAGCCAUAGAACAAGCAGCAUUUCCAUCCAGUAUCCCAAUUACAAAAUUUGAUGCAUCCAUAAUUGCUCCAUUUAUACCGCCACUCCUGAGGGCACCUGUUGUAGUUAACAGUGAGAAAGAUAAAAACCCUCAACCACAGUCAGUUGCUGGAAAUCCAAGAAUGCUGGUAAAAUUGUUGCGCAAUGAUGUUUUCAAACCAGAAGAGCUCAACUUUUACAGUGAAACUGAAAUAAAAAACUUGCUAGUGUCAUGUGAUAUCCCAUUUCACCCCGAUGACUCCAAGGAACAUCUGUGUUCUUCAUUAUUCGCUUUAUAUUCCUAUGUGCUAGAUGGAUCAACUGCACAGGUCCAACCUCCAUGUGAUGUGACAGGAGGAAAAGUUUAUAAGUUGUGUCUACAUCAGGUUGUUUGUGGAUCUAAGUACCUUGUGAGAAGCGAGUCUGCACGUGACCAUGUUGACCUGCUGGUAUCUUCGCGCUAUUGGCCUCCAGUGUAUGUGGUUGACAUGGCUCCACAUGUUGCAUUAAAUGCAGAUGUGCGGUAUCCUGAAAUUGCUGGACAAAUGUGGGGACAUAAACAAGGCUGUUUUUCAGAUCCACUGGAAGCACCAAAGCGUGUGUCCUGUCAAGAGCUACUUGAUCAACACUAUGCUAUGGAUGUAUUGCUAACAGAGAAUAACAUUCAACAUCCUAUCACCAAGUCUAAUGCUCGCAGAAUUGUGUACCAUGAUAAAGACCAGAGCACAGGAAAGAACACAACAGCAGGACACCACUCUAUCAGUCUUUGCAGUGAACUAGAACCAUACAGUGAUGUACUCGAAUCUAUUCCAGACAGCAAGGUGCAAAAUGUGCGGCAAAAGUCCAUCACUUUUGAAAAUGCUACAUACUAUUUUCUAUAUAAUCGUUUGGUUGACUUCCUCACCAGCAGAGACAUUGUAAACCAACAAAUCAGUGAAGUGUUGCAGAGCUGUCAACCUGGAGAGGUGGUGAUACGAGAUAGCUUGUACAGACUGGGAAUAGCGCACCUUAACACAGAGAGUGAAACUGAGGAGCUUGCAUAACAACUGAUCCUUAAAAGUAGUUAAGGAAAAUAAUUUCUCAAGUAAUGUAUUUAUUCAGUGCUUCUAUUUAAUUAAAAAUAUUGUGUUUGUAA